ACAGAUCCAUACCGUCCGCCGUUCGCAUCUAUAACGCUGGCAACCCGCCUCCAGGAAGCAUCAGCGAGAAUAUAAGUUGCGCCUAUUGUCCCUCGUCACAAUCGGUCCUAGAACUUUGCCAAUGCCUUCGCUAUGAUCACUGGAUAGCGCCUGCGCAUGGAUGAGAUGCUCGAAGCAUGUCGGAAUCACCUCCCCGACAACCUUUGCACGAAAGGACAGAAUCACACAGCAAUACUCUUGCUGCCAUCCACCAGAUCCGUUUGGUAGAAAGUACCCCGCCGCGAUUGUUGGGUCAGCGAGACGAGAUUUAUUUGCGGACGCCGCUACCAACUCACCCAAGUCAUUUUCUUCUCGGCCCCGGAAAAGGCAAGGGGCCUGCAUUGUUAGACGAGUUUCAACCUACCAAACCAUCGCCCGGUUCUUCGACGACACAUACAAGGCCUCAGCCUGCCCAAAAUGUCAACUCUGCAACAGGAUCCCCAAGCUCGAGGCCCCGGCCCCUGCCCCUGCCCAAAAAGCGCUUGCACAUCCACGAAGAUAGCAAAACCUUCUCCCUCCUCGCGGAAGAUGGUUCGAGCUCGCCGAUCCUGCGACAAGGCACGACUGCAUCGUCUGAUUCGCUCCACUUUGACGCACACAAUGCGAAGGGGCGAUCCAAUUCCAUAGGUUCAUGCGUACCAGACGCUGCAUCCUCAGCCGUGCCUGGGACUCCGGCUUCUAAAAGUAAGCAACCAAUAUCUGCCGAUCCUAUAAGCAGCUCCCCUUGGAACUACAAGCUCGUCGGCGGUCUUCGCAAAGUUCCCAAAACUCCAGAUCUAAAGCAAAAGGCUGCCGCAACAUCUGAGAGCCCGCUCCCACCGUUACCCGAAAUAUCGGACGGACCACCACCAGCUGUGUCGAACGAUCUCUCCACGAAACCCUCUUUUCGGUCCACAGAAACUGCCACGACCACUUCUGAAAACACAAACUACAAAGUCUAUCGUGGCACGUCUCCCUCACCAUCUGAAGUUGCAUUCGUUCCCCCAUCUUCCAGUGAUUCGAACUAUCAACUUCUUGGGGAUCCGUCUCCCGCAUCGUCGGUUAUUUUCAGACCUCAAACGUCCACAUCCGAAAACGAGAAUUACGAGUUGCAUGGGGAUUCUUCACCGUCAACGUCACUUGCAAAUCUUGCCCAGACCCAUUCGAAAUACUCCCAAGAAUCGUUGGUUGUUCCUCCGCUAAAUCCGCGUACUCGAAGAUCCAACGAGAAUUUUGGGUAUUACAAGUCUAGGUCGAGAGAGUCCCUGCGCACAGGUUCUCUAACAUCCAUUUCGACGGUUCUUAGCCAACAAGAGGCAUCCCAGGCUAUCGCUGGCAGCGGGUCCCUGAUACAAUUACCCAUCCUCAAGCAUAAACCAAAGGAUUUGAGUUCAUGGGCAGAAUCGUCGAAAGCUCACCCACCGCGGUCACACAUGAACGAGCACCCGCACCAAUGGAGCUCACAGCUGUCAACUGUGCUCUCGGAGUCCGAUGGAGGAACAGAUCGAGGUUCUCGAUCAUGGUCAGACGAUCUUGGGCGGAGGAGCAGCGGCUUUCCAAGCACUCCCAGCCGUCACAGUCGUCAGGUGUUGAGCAUCAGCUCGUCGCUAGCACAGGAGGAAGCCGCUUCGAGGUCGAGAAGCGACUCGGUCGAACCACCGGCCGCGGCUUUCACGCGGCACGGACAACGGCAUCUCAGCAGCUCCUCGAUCCGCGUAGUAGGCGACCAAGAUGAAUAUGGAGAUGGGAUCACGGAUAUGCAGGACCUACGCUUGAGACCUUCGAGAACUCGGCUUUCGAGUUUCUUCAGUGUCACAUCCUCCGAUAAUGGGCGCACGAAUACUAUGCGUUCAACCACGAGUUCGCGUGCGAACAGCUUGCUUGCUAGCUCCAUUCCUGCCUGGGCACGUCUAUAUUAUGGCAGUGGUGAAAGACGUUACCUUGGAGCUCCUGGUAGUUCCACGGAAGGCAGCGUGAGCCGCAGUAGCUCUUUCCGCAGUGGAUCGCCUAAUACAGACCAUUUUCCUUUGAGUAUAUAUAGCCCGAGGCGGCGGCCUAGAGAAAUCAAUCCGCAUGCAGCUGGCCCCUCUGCGCGGGGUUCUUUAGAAAUUACCCCGGCUCCUCAACUUGGUAGUGAUGGACGUUUGAUCAAUGACCCAUACCCUCGACAUUUUCGAACGUGGAGCAUGUCUAGCAUUUGGUCCCCUCAUUUACGACUCGAUAGACGAGCGACACGCCGAAGUGUUUGGGAGCCUCCUUCCGUGAACUGGUCCACAGAAGGUGGCCUUUUCGGCCGACGAAAUGUACAGAUAGUAAUGUUUAUUGCGGGUUUCAUUUUUCCUUUCGCGUGGAUGGUUGCUGCACUCUUGCCCCUGCCUUCGAAUCUUAUGCUCAGCAUGCAUGAGCGGGACCUUAGUACCAGCAACCUCGAUGGCUCUAACGAUCAUUCAAGUGACUAUGUUCGUCAAUUUGGGCCAAUGGACGAGGCGAGAUAUGAGAGCGCCAAAUGGUGGCGAAGGUUGAACCGGUGGAUGUCUUUGGUGGGAUUCUUGAUAAUUGCGGCAGUGGUUAUCCUUGUUGUAGUUGGCAUUCGGCAGGGCUGGAAGUAAGUUACCGCUUACGCCAAACAGCCAAUCUGUUUCCACCUCCCCAAACUAUCGCCCGCUAUCAUUUACCUUCCAUUCCUUUUCGAGCAUUUUGGAGCAGCCGGCUAUUGGGCCACGGCCUUAGAUUUUGUCCAUAUGUAACAGUAUAUUAGACGCCUCACGAUUACAAGAAGGAUUUUGGGUAGUUGGCAGCAUUAUACCCUUUCACUGAUAUUGAUUAUAUUUUUGCAUAGAUGAGCAGUUGGUUGGAGCGUAACUCGAUAGAAUUUAAUACUUUAAUCUAGAUCUAUCCGUCCCGAUACAGCGAGGUCGCCUUUCAAUUAUGGUUUUCGUAAGAAUCGAGUAGUAGGAAUUCGGGCUUGGUGAGUCGCUUAAUAACUUAGCAAUAUAACUGUUAUGGCGCUGCCUAUUACGUG